AUGGCAACCACCAGAGCCAGUCUCGAGGUGACCAAGGGUGGCACCUUGGUCGAACCCCAUCCCAUGGAUGACAACAGCACGCCCAGCUCCCUUCACGAGGGAAGCGAUGCUCUCCUGAAAGGACCUUUCCCCACCGAGGAGGAAUGGGCCACUCUCCCUCGUGUUGCAGGCAGUAUCCCAUGGCAGGCCUGGACGGUUGCGUUCGUCGAGUUUGCUGAACGAUUCAGUUACUAUGGAACGUCAGCAGUCUUCGUCAACUUCAUCCAGAAGGAUCUCCCCAAGGGCUCUAAGACAGGUGCCGGUUUCCUUAUCAAGCCUGGUUCUGGUGCCUUGGGAUUGGGACAACGUGCCUCGACCGGAUUGACUACAUUCAACUCUUUCUGGUCCUAUUUCACUCCUCUCUUCGGCGCGUACCUUGCCGAUCAGUACUGGGGUCGUUACAAGACCAUUCAAUAUGCUAAUAUCGUCGCCAUCAUUGGCCACGCCAUUCUCAUCAUCUCUGCAAUCCCACCGGUCAUUGUUCGACCCAAUGCUGCCAUCGCUAUCUUCGCCGUCGGUCUCGUGAUCAUGGGUAUUGGUACCGGUGGUUUCAAAUCCAACAUCUCGCCCCUUAUUGCCGAACAGUACAAGGAUGCCAAACCCUAUGUGCGCGUCAACAAGCGUGGACAGCGCGAGAUCGUUGACCCCGCCGUCACAACUGCCCGUAUCUACAUCUACUUCUACAUGUUGAUCAAUCUCGGUUCGCUCUCCGGUUCGUUUGCCAUGGUCUACUCCGAGCAUUUUGUCGGAUUCUGGCUCUCGUUCACCUUGCCCACGAUCUUCUAUCUUCUCUGCCCUCUUACCCUUCUCUACUUCAAGAAGCACUACAAGUUGUCACCCCCCACCGGUUCCGUAAUGGGCAAGGCGUGGAAGCCCAGCGCCAUCCGUGCCCGCGGCGAGACUGUCCCCACGUGGAUGACUUUCGACGAUGCCUGGGUUGAUGAAAUCCGCCGUGGUAUCCUCGCCUGCAAGGUCUUCCUGUGGUACCCGCUCUACUGGUUGGCCUACAACCAGAUGACCAACAAUCUCGUGUCUCAGGCCAACACUAUGCAGCUCGGCAAGGUCCCCAACGACAUCAUUUCCAAGCUCAACCCCAUCUUCAUCGUCAUCGUCAUCCCCAUCAUGGACUUCGGUAUCUACCCUCUCCUCCGCAAGUUGAACAUCAACUUCAGCCCCAUCAAGAAGAUCACCGCCGGUUUCGCUCUCAGUUCUCUUGCCAUGGUGUCUGCCUGCGUUACGCAAGCAUACAUCUACAAGAUGUCCAAGUGCGGAGACCACAUCAACGCAGCCAUCAAGAGCGGCCGCAAGGACUGCACUGCUCCCUUCACUGUUUGGAUCCAGAUCUUCCCUUACGGAUUGAUUGGUAUGUCCGAGGUUUUGGCGUCCAUCACCAAGCUUGAGUAUGCCUACACCAAGGCCCCCAAGAACAUGCGAUCGACCGUCCAGGCUAUUGCGUUGUCCACAUCCGCUGUGUCUGCUGCGCUCGGCCAGGCUCUUGUCGGUUUGUCUGAGGAUCCUCUGCUUGUUUGGAACUACGGCUCCGUCGCUGUCGUUGCCUUGUUCGGUGGUAUUGGUUUCUACUUGACCUUCCGCAAGGCUGACAGGGAGGAGGACGCCAUGAACAACAUGAAGGAGAGCAAGUAUCUCGGCACUGAGGGAGUCAACGAGGUCGUUGAGCCCGAGGUCAAGAACGAGAAGGUUGUUGAGAAGGUUUAG